AUGAGGGUACACAUGGAUUGUCCUGGAUGUCAAAACAAAGUGAAAAACGCACUUCAAAAAAUGAAAGGCAUAGACGAUAUUGAAAUAGACAUGAAGUUACAAAAGGUGACUGUGAACGGUUACGCUGAUCAGAAGAAGGUUUUAAAAAGGGUUCGAAAAACCGGAGUUAGGGCUGAGUUGUGGCAACUUCCUCAUACAGCAGAAUCUCAAAACCAAUAUCAUCAACAACACCUUGUCAAUGGUCCUGUCCCAAAUUAUGCUUCACAACCUUCUUCAUCUUACAACUACUACAAGCAUGGUUAUGAUAGUAGUGACCCUAGCUUUUAUCACUAUCCUUCUCAAUCUUCAAUUUUUGGCCAUCAAACUGGUGCUACUUUUAGUGAUGAUAAUCCACAUGCUUGUUCUAUUAUGUGA